AUGACAUCACAAGAUAUGCGUACCGACCGCAAGCGAAGAUAUUGCGCAUCUGUGUAACUUGAACCCUGGCUUACGAAGUAGAACUACUAUUGGAAGUUUGGCCUAGUGGUUCAAUAUAAGCUCAGCUCGGUGUCAUACAAAGAAAAUUGAAUAAAUAUGCGUGAGUGCAUCUCGAUCCAUGUGGGCCAGGCUGGCGUGCAGAUGGGCAACGCCUGCUGGGAGCUCUACUGCCUGGAGCAUGGCAUCGAGCCUGAUGGCCGCGUGUCUUCGAGCAAGACGACCGACGACCAUCAGUCCUUCGGUACCUUCUUCGCUGAGACUGGCAGUGGCAAGCACGUUCCCAGGGCCAUCUUCGUCGAUCUCGAGCCCUCCGUCAUCGACGAGGUACGGAGCGGCGUGUACGGCAAGAUGUUCCAUCCAGAACAGCUCAUCACCGGCAAGGAGGACGCCGCUAAUAACUACGCGCGCGGUCACUACACCAUCGGCAAGGAGAUCGUCGACGUCGUGCUGGACCGCAUCCGUAAGUCGGCAGACAACUGCUCGGGGCUGCAGGGCUUCUUGAUCUUCCACUCGUUUGGCGGUGGCACAGGAUCAGGCUUUACUUCCCUCCUCAUGGAGAGACUCUCCGUCGACUAUGGCAAGAAGAGCAAGCUUGAGUUUGCUAUUUAUCCUGCACCUCAGGUUGCCACUGCUGUGGUCGAGCCAUAUAACUCGAUCUUGACCACACACACCACGCUGGAGCACUCGGAUUGUGCCUUCAUGGUCGAUAACGAGGCUAUCUAUGAAAUAAGCCGUCGUAACCUCAAUAUUGAGUGUCCGUCUUACGCCAACCUAAAUCGGCUCAUUGCCCAGAUAGUGUCGUCGAUCACAGCAUCUCUGCGCUUCGAAGGAUCUCUCAACGUCGACUUGACCGAGUUUCAGACCAACCUGGUGCCCUACCCUCGCAUCCACUUCCCAUUGGUGACCUACGCGCCUGUUAUCUGCGCAGAGAAAGCAUAUCACGAGCAAAUGUCUGUAGGAGAGAUAACCAACGCGUGCUUCGAGCCCGCCAACCAGAUGGUGAAAUGCGACCCCCGACAUGGCAAAUACAUGGCGUGUUGCCUGCUCUACCGCGGUGAUGUCGUGCCCAAGGAUGUCAACGCUGCCAUCGCUACCAUCAAGACCAAGAGGAGCAUCCAGUUCGUGGACUGGUGCCCCACGGGUUUCAAGGUUGGCAUCAACUACCAGCCUCCCACCGUGGUCCCUGGUGGGGACCUGGCCAAGGUAUCUCGUGCCGUGUGCAUGCUGAGCAACACCACGGCCAUCGCUGAGGCCUGGGCGCGUCUGGACCACAAGUUCGACCUGAUGUACGCCAAGAGGGCCUUCGUGCAUUGGUACGUUGGCGAGGGCAUGGAGGAGGGCGAGUUCACCGAGGCCAGGGAGGACGUCGCCGCCCUUGAGAAAGACUACGAGGAAGUCGGUCUAGAUUCAGCUGGAGCUGAAGGAAAUCUGGACGAUGACUACUAAUGGGGCGCUCCCACAGACCAAGGUUGUAAUUGAGAAAGAUAGUAUAUAUAUUCUAACUGUCGAAUACUAUGUCAUGGGAGAGAAAUCUCUGAUCAGUAUUAAUCAGUAGCCUUUACACCCUAAGAUCAUGUAUAAUAAUUUAGCUCUAUAAUAAAUUUUUCUACAGUAACAUAGGUUGAUAUAAUGGUUUAUGAAGUAUCGGAAAUGAAAGGCUUUAUAAAAGUUUAUGCAUAGUCAGUUCAAAUGAAGUGCCAUCAUGAAAUGAACGCAUUUUUGCUGGCUAUUGAUUACAAAUAGGAUGCAAUUUAUUCAUGAAUCCCAAUUUGAUAUGAUUUAGAAUAUGCUUUCUUUCAAACUAUUAUAUCGCUUGAUAUGCUUGUCAGAGUUGCGUUUUAUAUGAUAGAGGCGAUUAUUUUCUGCAAUAAUUUGUUACAAUAAAGCGUUUUAUUCGUAAA